AUGUCUUCCGACCCCCGCCCGCCGACGCCGGACCGAGAUAACCUCGAGCCUGAAGAUAUGGAGUUGGACCGGGAGAUCGAGGAGUUUCUGGGGGCCAACUGGGCCUGGAUUGCGCGAUUGCUCGAUUGCUCGGACCUCGAAGUCGGGGAGAUCCGGUCCCGAUCACCUUCACCGGCGGCAAUGCAUCUUCCGCUGGAGGAACAACCACCAUCCCCUGCGGUGGAACCCCAGCAGGUUGGCGGCCAUCUUCCAGCUUCGCCGCCUUGCCGCCGGGUCCGAUUUGCUUCGCCCUGUCAACAACCUUGCCUUGUCUCUCCGCCCCGUCAACGCCCUCGCCCUGUCUCUCUGGCCAAUCAACGUCCUUGUCCUGUCUCUCCGUCCCGUCAACGCCCUUACCCCGCUGCGCCGCCCCGUCACCGUCUCCGCCCCGCCUCGCCGCCCCAUCGCCGUCGUGGCCCUGCUGCGGCGCCCCGUCACCGUCUCCGCCACGCCUCGCCGCCCUGCCGUCGCCCCAGCCCUGCUGCGCCGCCUCGUUCCCGCCCCGUUUUGCGGCCUCGCCGCCUGCCUGAACGUCCUCGUCGAGCUUCCCCUCCUUGCCGUCCACGAUGGGAGGAAGCACCGGAGGGUGCCGCAUCAAACCCAGCGCGCCGCCGACCUACCCCCAUCAUCUGGGAACUGGCGCUGCCAAGGAGUCCGGCCAGAUUCCCCGUUCGCCGGACGGAGACCGACGAGAUCGUCGCCGGGAAUGACCUUCCACUGUCACGGGCCGUCCUCCUUCGGCUGGCAGCCACCUACAACCAACUGACGCCGGAGCAGAGAAGAAACAAGCGGUGGAGGAUUAUGCUGGGGGCCGACCGAUAUGUGCGGCUCCGGCCGAGCCAGGUGCUGCGAGUCGUCCGGGGCCGGCUGCCGGAGCUGAGGCGACGGUUUCAACCCCGCUGA